CUUCUCCUCCGCAUUCAAAACCUAAAUCCAUUUCCCCCAAAUUCCAUUUCAAAUCAAAAUCAAACCCCAAAAAAUGUUAGCAAUUUUCCGCAAAACCCUAGCCCAUCCUCCCCAAGAGCUCAAUAGCCCCACAAUCUCCAGCAAACCCCCUCGCCCUUCCAAGCUCCCCGACGAGAUCCUCACCGCCUUCAACGCUUCCCAUCCUGUCACCGCCUUCGCCGCCACUUUCCGCGGCGGCGCCGCCCUAUCCUCCGCUGGUGGAGACUUUAAUCGACGCCGUCUUUUCUGUGCCCUAGAUGACAUCUAUUGCGUUUUCGUCGGUUGUAUUGAUAAUCUCAGCUCGCUCAUCCGGCAGUACGGUCUCUGUGGCAAGAUCACCGAUGAGGCCUUGCUCGUUCUCGAGGCUUAUCGCACGCUUCGUGAUCGGGGGCCGUACCCGGCCGAUCAAGUGGUGAAGGAUUUCCAGGGUUGCUUCGCCUUCGUUGUUUAUGAUAACAAGACUGGCACUGUGUUCGCCGCACUGAGUUCGGAUGGAAAGAUACCAAUGUACUGGGGGAUAGCUGCUGAUGGCUCUGUAGUUAUGUCCGAUGAGUUGGAGAUUGUCAAGGGUGGUUGUGGCAAGUCUUUUGCUCCUUUCCCCACCGGGUGUAUGUUCCAUAGUGAUGGAGGAUUGAGGAGUUUUGAACAUCCAAUGAACAAAAUGAAGGCAAUGCCAAGAGUGGACAGUGAAGGUAUGAUGUGUGGGGCUUGCUUUAAAGUGGACACUUUCUCAAAGAUCAAUAGCAUGCCAAGAGUUGGUAGUGCUGCUAACUGGGCCUCAUGGGAAGAUGCACACUAAUAAUUAAACUUGUGUUUAUUUAUUCAAAGGUUUAGUGCAAUGCAUCUGGACUACUAGUACUGCUCUGUUUCUUUUCUCUUUCAAUAACAUUGUGAAUUUGUGGUAAUUUCACUAUGUGUUUGUAAAUUUUGUGUAAUUUGUUUCUUUUUUGUGUGUUAACAAAAGAUGUAUGUUGUCUGAUUAUAUGUAUUUUGUUUAGUUGUCUCAAUAUUAUAUAAGAGGAUGCAGAGUGGUCCUUUCCUUUGUAAAUUACAAUAUAUGGUGUGCGCACCCUGAAUC